AUUUAACCGGAGGAGGAGCAGCUAUAUUCGUGUUUCACUCGGUAGUUUAAAGGAUUUUCAAUGAUAGACGACAUACAGAGAGUGCAGCUUCAGUUCUGCUGACCAAAGACAGUUAUGGAGUAUCAGAAUGGUCACAAACAUGUUGACCCCUACAGUAUUGAAGAUGAGCCCCUCCUCAGAGAGAACCCAAAGAGAUUUGUCAUCUUUCCUAUUCAGUAUCCAGACAUCUGGAAAAUGUACAAACAAGCUCAGGCCUCAUUUUGGACAGUUGAGGAGGUGGAUUUAUCUAAGGACUUGGUUCACUGGGACAACCUGAAGCCUGAAGAGAAACAAUUUAUAUCACAUGUAUUGGCCUUCUUUGCAGCAAGUGAUGGGAUUGUCAAUGAGAACCUGGUGCAGAGGUUUAGUCAAGAAGUGCAGCUUCCAGAGGCUCGAUCCUUUUAUGGGUUUCAGAUCCUUAUUGAAAAUGUUCACUCUGAAAUGUAUGGCCUGCUCAUCAACACCUACAUAAGGGAUUUAAAAGAGAGGGACUAUUUGUUUAAUGCAAUUCAGACUAUGCCUUGUGUAAAACUGAAAGCAGACUGGGCCUUACAAUGGAUCUCUGACACAAAGUCAACUUUUGGAGAGCGAUUAGUAGCAUUUGCAGCAGUGGAAGGCAUCUUCUUCUCUGGAUCAUUUGCUGCCAUCUACUGGUUAAAGAAAAAAGGUUUGAUGCCUGGCCUUAGCUACUCCAAUGAGCUCAUCAGCAGGGAUGAGGGUCUGCACUGCAAUUUUGCAUGUCUAAUGUAUAGCUACUUGGUGAAAAAGCCUUCUGCUGACAGAGUGAUGGAUAUCAUUACAAAAGCUGUGAGCAUUGAACAGGAGUUUCUCAUAGAAGCUUUACCAGUCAACUUGAUUGGGAUGAACUGCACUCUCAUGAAGCAAUACAUUGAGUUUGUGGCUGACCGGUUACUUACAGAUUUGGGAUUGCCAAAAUUUUACCAAUCAGAAAAUCCCUUUGACUUCAUGGAGUCAAUUUCGCUGGAGGGAAAAACUAACUUCUUCGAGAAGCGAGUGGCUGAAUACCAGCGACUUGGAGUGAUGUCUAACGUGAUGGACUGUGAAUUCACUCUUGAUGCAGAUUUCUAAUGCUGAACUAGAAUAUAGUAUUUAUUUAUUUGGAAGUUGGGUGUUUCAUUACAAUACAGAAAAAUGGCAGUCAGUUUAACUAGAUGUGUCAAGAAAAGUUCAAGCAGGAUUUUCCUUUUCUUUUUUCCACCUAAUAAUUUUAACACAUUGUUUUGGUGAUUUCUAAUUGCAAGCAAAUUUGUUGCCUGGCAAAACCAUUUUACCCUAUUGUCGGUUGUAUUGUCUAAAAAUUAUUAUAUUCACACAACUCACCCUCAUGCCAUCUCAAACUUUCUUUCUUUGGCGGAACACAAACAAAGCUAAUUUGAAGGAUGUACGUGAUGCAUUAUUGUUUAUACAUUGUAAGUCAGUGGGGUCCAAAACAUUCAAGCUCCAAAAGGAUAUAAAGGCAUCUUAAAAGUAAUCCAUAUGACUGGAGGGUUUUAAUCGGUGUUUUAUGAAACCAUACGGCCUCUUUGAGUGAGAAACAGACCAGAGUUUAAGUCUUUAUUUACUAUAAGAAACUAUCCCUUUAAUAAAACAUAUAAAAUGUAAUGAUGAAUAGACUACAUCCAUGGUACAAAGACAGACUUCAGAUUAAAGUGACCAACUUGAAACAAGGGUUAGUUCACUGAAAAAGAAAAUUCUCUCAUCAUUUAUUCACCCUCACACAAACCCAGAUGUGUAUGACUUUCUUUCAUCUGCUGAACACAAACAGAUUUUUAGAAGAAUAUCUCAGCCCUGUUGGUGCAUACAAUGCAAGCGUAUGGUGACCAGAACUUUUGCGCUCUAAAAAGUGCAUAAAGGCAGCAUAAAAUUAAUCCAUACGACUCCAGUUGUUAAAUCCAUAUCUUCAGGAGCAAUAUGACUGAUGUGAGUCAGAAACCGAUCAAUAUUUAAGUCCUUUUUUUCUAUAAAUUCUCCCCCCUGUAUAUGUGGCGAUAUGCGCAAAGAAUUUGAAUCAGCAAAAAACAAUGAGAAUGUGGAAGUGCAAGCGGAGGAUUUAUAGUAAAAAGGACCUAAAUAUUGACCGAUUUCUCACCCACACCUCUCAUGUCAGUUCUAAAGACAUAGAUUUAACAAAUUAAGUCAUAUGGAUUACUUUUAUGCUGCCUUUAUGUGCAUUUUGAAGCUUAAAAGUUCUGGUCACCAUUCACUUACAUUGUAUGGACCUACAGAGCUGAGAUAUUUGUCUAAAAGUCUUACUUUGUGUUUUGCAGAAGAAAGCAAGUAAUACACAUCUGGGAUGGCAUGAGGGUGAAUAAAAGAUGAAGGAAUUUUUAUAUUUGGGUGAACAAUCCCUUUAAGAGUGUUCCUAAGAAGAAACUAAGUCUGUCCCAAUACCGAUAUCGUCUGGAUACCACGCUCAUGCACUGGUACUCGAACUCAUAGAAAUGCUCAGAUACCAAAAAAACCAUACCAUCUUAAGUACGAAUAUAAUUACGUAAACAUUCAGCCCACAAAUAAAUAUCACGUUAUGUCCUAGUGAGAUUAUUUAACCACAAAAGCUGCAAUUUAAUGAGAUAAAUAUAUAGUCAGCAUGUAAUUCAUAUAUGAGCGCUAUUGAACGUGUGGAGACAGUGUUGUGCUGACGCUGGCUGCUCAUACAUUUUUUAAGGCUCCUCCAAGUCUCAUACAGGGAAAACACCAUCAUGAGAUUGUGAUCGCACUCCGUUUGUACCAGAUGACAGUAAAACGAGUGCAAAUUCACAUUGUAUAAUAUAUAAUUAAAUAUAUAUUUAAAUAAAUGGCAACCUUUUGCGGUUUAAUAAUCACUUAAGUCAUAUAGGGACCGACUCUUCCAGAGUGGGAAGCUGCCAUCAUAACAUCAGAGCUACUUGGUCAAAACAACACAUAAACACUUCAAAAUAAAAGCUCAGUCAAAAUUAAAGGCACAUUUAUAGGAAAAAUGUAUGACAGAAAUAUAUCACCACUGUAAAGUUAUGUAAUAUUCUCUGUAAUUCUACUACUAAUAAUAAAUCAGAAGUAAUUGUAUUAUACUUAUGCAGUAUCUAAUAUCUGUGAUGCUCUGACACAAUAUUACUCCAGUGUUGUGUUUUGGGUUGUGUUGGAUGUUGAAAACUAAUUUGUAUAUUUUCAUUUAAUUAAAGUUUUAAUGAAUUCAUUUAUUUAAACGCCAUUUGAUGAUACAAUUUAAAUAAACUGAUGAUAUGGACACCCCUAGAAGAAACAAAAACUUAAAUAUUUCUGGUGUAAACCUAAUAGGAUUUCAAAGAUGUUUUACAUCAAAACAAGUAAUGUGUGUGGGCACAGGCUUCUUGGAAAAACUAUUUUAUGAAGAAGCUGUGCCUCUAUAAACCUAUGGACUCUUUUUUUUUUUUUUUUUUUUAAAUAAAUAAUUCAGA